UCUUGUAUUUAGUUUUCUGAACAUAUGGAGGGAUAAGUUCGGAGGAGUUCACGAUGUGUUUUCUCACUAAGAGAUGUCCACUAUUGGUGUUUUUUGCAGCGCUAUGCUGUCUACAGCUUACAGAUACACAUAGCCAUCGUUCACGAGGUCCCACAGUGGUGGCCAGAAGAGGUUCUGAUCGGACAGUAAGAGAACUCUUGACACCAACACAACUGCAGAUCAUACGAUCUAGAUGGGCAGCACAAGGCCGAGAUCCGUUGUUACUGGAAGCUAUGUUCCGCACAAACAGCAGAGAGUUUGUAAGAAAUCACCGACGGCAGAGCGGAAGACAGACAAGACCUCUUGAUCGACCCCGAGCUCGGGAAGGUGGAUUUGUUGAUAGAAAUGGUCUACGUGAACGGAAUACUGGACCAAUUGGCCAUGAAGGACAUGGUCAUGGCGGGCAUGAUCAUGGUAGUAUCGAUCGGAAUGUAAACGGAAUUGGAAGGAGAGGCAGAGACCGCGGAAGAACGGGCAGAGGCCGAGGCCGAAAUGGCAUUUCAGAAGGAAGUAUACUACCCGAUGUCGGCCAAGAAGAAAGAAUUCCUACCGAGGAACUACAAGUCUUAACUCGUGGGAGAUCGAAUGGAGUGGGUAAUGAAGGAUUAGCACGGAGCGGACGUCGGCAAAGAAGAAACCGUAACAGACUAGGCCAAACAGAAAUAGAUGCUGUAGGUAGACAAACGGACAUAGGCAGGGCACUGAGAGAGAGAAUUCCGGCACCGAUCAGAGACCAAAUCAGUAUACGGAAUGACGGACACUCACACGGGAAUGAACACGGACAUGGACACGGACACGACCACGGACUAACUGGUCAUCGUGAACUUAUUGGUACUAAUGUUCACCUAGCCAAUCGACAAAGAGGCGGAAUAAUACAAGACGGGACUCGCCAUCGGACAGGUCUGGACAGACUCAGAUCUAGAACUAAUCCGCCGGUCGUACCGCCAACCAACAACAGACGACGACGGCGACGAAGACUUGCAAAUAUACUGACAAACGUUGUAGGGACUCUUCUUGGUUGAUAUGAAAAUCAAAGUAGGGGGUCGUCCUAUGUCACUUUUAUACGUUUUUAUAAUACAUGAAGCACAAUUUAACAUGCAUAUUUUGGAAGUUAAUGAGUAUGUAAACUAUAUUUGUAGAUCUGUAUUACCCUCGUAAGCUAUGGUAUUGAGUAUAAUGAAAGAUGUACUGUAAAAACUUGUUAAUCAACACUUAUAUGCCAAUUGACAGAACUGGUUUAUGAACGUUUAUACAAUACAAGCUAUCAUUGCCCGAAUGCAAUUGAAUCUAAAUCACGUGCAACAGAACUGCUGCUAUGAUAUCAAGAUACACCAAUGCUAUUCAGGAAUAACAGGACCCAUCACUUACGUUUUCUCUGUAAUAUUCAGGAACAAAAUGAUAUUAACAACCUUUGGAAUGUGUCUGCACACAGUGUAAAUGAAACUGUUUGAAAUGAUAUACAAUAUUUUAUCACAUGCCUACGUCGCCGAGAUACCGGUGACGUUUUGACGGGUUGAAUUCGUAUAGCUUUGUAUUGUCCCCCUCAGAGUUAUAUAUUUCUAUGACUCGUUGAGAUUGACACACCUAUGCAGAAGUGGGAGCGCCUAUCAGUACCUUACCUGUUAGAUUUUAUACUCCUAUAAGGUAAAUACCUGGCAUGUUUGUCGAAGAUGAAGAAAUGUUUGUAAUUCUUGAAUAGAACUAGAAAUCUCAUAGUUUCUUAUUGCUAUAUAAUCUAAUAAUAAAAACUUCAUCAUAUGUUU